AUGUCGUACUUGGUGCAUACUAAUCGAUGUCGUGACAUUAUUCGGAUGGGUUCAGAGGCAUUUAUUAAUCUUUGUGAGAGACUAAGAACAACUUGUGUGACAUUUUUCUUUCAUCGAUCUGGGGCGAUGGUUAGCAAACACUUUCACGAUGUGUUGAAUGCUAUUUUAACUCUAGAAUUAGAAUUUUUAACUCAGCCAUCAGGAGACGACGUUCAUCCAUAUGUCUUAAACAACAAUCGAUUUUAUCCUUACUUUAAGGAUUGCUUAGGGGCCAUAGAUCGUACUCAUGUUCGUGUGAGGGUGGCAAGAACAGAUGCUCCGAGAUUUCGUGGAAGAAAAGAUUGGCCAACUCAAAAUGUGCUUGCCGUAUGUGACUUUGAUAUGAAAUUCACAUACGUUCUAGCAGGGUGGGAAGGAACGACAUCUGAUUCUAGAAUCUUAAAAAAUGUUCUCGAUCGAGAUGACCCGUUGGUCAUCCCCCAAGUAUUGACACCAUACAGAGGCGUGAGAUAUCACCUUAAAGAAUUCACACGCACAGGACCACAAAAUGCAGAUGAGCUCUUUAAUCAUAGACAUUCAUCAUUGAGAAAUGUUAUAGAAAGAACAUUUGGUGUGUUGAAGAAAAGGUUUCCCCGUGGAAGUGAACCACAUUAUGGAUUGGAGACAAUGACAGACAUCAUUCUAGCUUGUUGUAUCCUACACAACUUUAUCCGUGGAGUUGAUAUUGAUGACCCAUUGCUUAAUGAGGUUUAUAAUGAGUUAAAUGAAGGGGAAGAUCAUAAUGUGUCAUCUUCUCAAGUUCGAGAAGAUGAUUAUAGGGUCGGUACAACUAUUAGGGAUGCCAUAGCUAAUGAAAUGUGGCGAGAUUAUGAAAAUUAA